AUGGCCACCCCGGAGCCGCUGCGGCCGCGCCUGUGCCGCCUGGUGCGGGGCGAGCAGGGCUACGGCUUCCACCUGCACGGCGAGAAGGGCCGGCGCGGGCAGUUCAUCCGGCGCGUGGAGCCAGGCUCCCCGGCCGAGGCGGCCGAGCUGCGCGCCGGGGACCGCCUGGUCGAGGUCAACGGCGUCAACGUGGAGGGCGAAACGCACCACCAGGUGGUCCAGAGGAUCAAGGCCGUGGAAGGGCAGACCCGGCUGCUGGUGGUGGACAAGGAGACGGACGAGGAGCUGCGCCGGCGGCAGCUGACCUGCACCGAGGAGAUGGCCCAGCGAGGGCUUCCGCCUGCUCAGGACCCCUGGGAGCCCAAGCCGGGCUGGACAUGCGCAGGCAGCCUUGGCUCCAAGGAUGGCCAGAAGGAGGUCAAUGGGCCCCCGAGGGAGCUCCGCCCAAGGCUCUGCCACCUUCGAAAGGGCCCUCAGGGCUAUGGCUUCAACCUGCACAGCGACAAGUCCCGGCCAGGACAGUACAUUCGCUCGGUGGACGUGGGCUCGCCGGCCGCCCACUCCGGCCUCCGUGCCCAGGAUCGACUUAUUGAGGUGAACGGGCAGAACGUGGAGGGACUGCGCCACGCCGAGGUGGUUGCCAGCAUCAAGGCGCGAGAGGAUGAGGCCCGGCUGCUGGUGGUGGACCCGGAAACGGACGAGCACUUCAAGAGGCUGCGGGUGACACCCACCGAGGAGCACGUGGAGGGUCCACUGCCGUCCCCUGUCACCAAUGGGACCAGCCCUGCCCAGGGCCGCAGCGGCUGGAAGCACGACCCUUUCCAGGAGAGCGGCCUCCACCUGAGCCCCACGGCGGCUGAGGCCAAGGAGAAGGCGAAAGCCACCAGGAUCAACAAGCGGGCCCCGCAGAUGGACUGGAACCAGAAGCGUGAGAUCUUCAGCAACUUCUGA